UCUGGCAUUUGUUGUUGACUUAUUUCGUUUCGGCGUCUCUCCUCUCUCUCCCUCACUCGACCUCUCGAUUCCUGAUCGCCGAUCUCCGGCUUGGGCUCUCUGUUUCUGCCGGAGAGAGCUUCCUUGCGAUGAAGAAAAACUUUGAAGUCUUUGAUUUCAACGAAGAGGACCCUCUCGCUGAGUCCCCAGCUGAAAAGUUGUUGGAUAAAUUCACAAACCCUAGUCCCUGCAAUUCUCCGGUUCUGCAACGCCAGCGCAUCCAGAGCUUAUGCCAGGACAAAGGUGUUCAGAAAGAAGAAAUGGAAGGCACAAGUUGUGCAGAGGCUGCUACUGGUGUAGUCGAUCAUCAUCGUGAAGAUGCCCCGAAUUUAGUAACAGAAGCUGAGGCGUCAACCAGAGACCACUUGAACGAAACAGAUGUAGAUCACGUUGAUCAUGGAUUGAUUGUUGGUUUGAAUAACGAAGACCAUGAAAAAGAAAAAGAUAUAGCUCACGAUAAACAUGGAUUGAUGUUUGGUUUGAAUAUUGAGGACAACGUUAAAGGAACAGAUGUAGAUCAUGGAUUGGAAAGUUUCUCUUGCCAGCCAAGCGCAAAAAGUUUCUACGCUGAAACUUCAUCAUAUGGCCAACCCCAGCUAAACUCACCCCUUUCAGAUUCUUCAUCCAGUCAAGAGCAAAAUGAUAUGAUGUCAGCUAUUGAUGAAAGCUUGAGUGAUCGAUCUGCGUUGAGUGAAGAUUCUGAUUCAGAAGGUGAUGAAGAUUGGAUGGCUGAACACUGCUUCAGUGAUAUGGAAAAGAUUGACAGAAACACGGCUGUUAUCAUGACUCCAGAGUAUGUUGUCCUUAAGGAUAGGCCUUGUGCUGCAUCUGUGGUAAUCUUUUCAUCCACUGGCAUCAAAUUAAAGAGUUUCCUUGCAAAUAAUGAAGAAGGGCCAUUCUCUUGUGAAUUUGGAGUUGAAGACAUAGUUAGUAUUCAAUACAAUUGGUACCAAAAUGUUGGAUUGAUCAUUCUCAGAAUUAGAGUUCUAUUAAAGGAUGAAAAAUGCGAUGAAGAUAUGCAACACACCACAGACAUUGAGGAGUUAAAGUUUGCUGUCAAAGAAUACAAUUGGCCUGAGAAACAACAGAAAAUUAACUCGCUGCAUGUAAAAUAUCCGGCUGUAUGGAAUGCUGACCUCGAUGAUGACGUGGAAGUAUCAGGUGACAACUUGCAUCAACAGAAGCGUUAUUUCCCACGCUUUGAUGAACAAUUUGAGGAUGUUAUCUAUCCAAAGGGAGACCCAGAUGCUGUUUCCAUUUGCAAAAGAGAUGUUGACCUCUUGCAGCCAGAGACAUUUGUGAAUGACACGAUCAUUGACUUCUAUAUUAAUUAUUUGAAGAAUCAGAUUCAAGCGGAUGAAAGACAAAGAUUUCAUUUCUUUAACAGUUUUUUCUUCCGGAAACUUGCUGAUCUCGACAAAGAUCCAUCGAGUAUAGCUGAUGGAAAGGCUGCUUUUCUGCGUGUCCGGAAGUGGACAAGAAAGGUGGACAUGUUUGGCAAGGACUACAUUUUUGUGCCGGUGAACUUCAAUCUUCACUGGAGUUUAAUAGUCAUAUGUCACCCUGGUGAAGUGGCUAAUUAUACAGAACUAGACUUGGAUGACUCCACAAAAGUACCAUGCAUAUUACAUAUGGAUUCUAUAAAGGGGAGCCAUGCAGGGCUGAAGAAUCUAGUCCAAAGUUACUUGUGUGAGGAGUGGAAGGAGAGGCAUAAGGACACCUCGGAUGAAAUUUCUUCCAGAUUCAUGAAUUUGCGGUUUGUCUCACUCGAGUUGCCGCAGCAGGAAAACUCAUUUGACUGUGGCCUCUUUCUGCUGCACUAUUUGGAACUAUUUCUUGCUGAAGCCCCCCAUGAUUUUAAUCCCUUCAAGAUAUAUAAUUCUUCGAACUUUCUUUAUCUGAACUGGUUUCCUCCUGCCGAGGCCUCAUUGAAGCGUACUCUGAUUCAGAAGUUAAUUUUUGAACUCCUUGAAAACCGUUCACGGGAAGUUAGUAAUGAACAGAACCAGUCCUGCGAAAGUCCAAAGCCCAUCAAUAACAAUACAGGCGUCGAGGUUCUCUCUGAGAGAUGCACCCCCUUGAUAGAGGGGAAUAUGACACAGACGCAGGACGAUCAAGGAAUCGAAAUGACUUUGCUUGAAAGAUCUUCCAUGAGGAACAUGCAAGCUGUUAAUGAUUCCGGUAUGGUUCUGAGGGAUUUGUUCGAUUCAGGAGCCAGCAACACAGGAUCAUUACUUGGACAAAUACAGCAAACAUUCGGGGAACCAUCUUCGUUUUAUCAUCUUAGUAACAACUCAUUGGCAACCGAGCAAGUAGAGAUGGAAACUGGUGAACAGUUUAUGUGUCUGAACUCUGGAGAGGGCAAUUUUCAAGGCAUCACAUCUCCGAGGGCAUCUAUGUCAUUCUCUUCAUGGAACCUUAGUAUGAUGCCGGUGCAGAAGGAAGGUGAGACUGAUUCGUUAUCUGAAACCUCGAAAAGCAGUUCUAGUGAUUCAGAUAUUGGUAUCAUAGAAAACAGCCCAAUGGAUCUCUAUGAAGAAGAGACCAGCGAGAGUCCACCAAGAGAGACGGUCUCUUUAUUUUCUGCAACCGUGGGUCCUAGCACUGACCAUAGCACUGAGAAUGAAGAGCUCGUGUCUGCUCACCACGAGCUUGUAGUUGCAUCGAGUCAGUGUGUCAGAGACGAGGAGACGCCAUUGGAGAAGACAUGGAACCUUAGUAUGAUGCCGGUGCAGAAGGAAGGUGAGACUGAUUCGUUAUCUGAAACCUCGAAAAGCACCUCUAGUGAUUCAGAUAUUGGUAUCAUAGAAAACAGCCCAAUGGAUCUUUAUGAAGAAGAAACCAGCGAGAGUCCACCAAGAGAGACGGUCUCUUUAUUUUCUGCAACCGUGAGUCCUAGCACUGACCAUAACACUGAGAAUGAAGAGCUCUUUUCUUUUCACAACGAGCUUUUAGUUGCAUCGAGUGAAGGGGACAGAGACGAGGAGAAACCAUUGGAGUGUGAUCUUGAAGCUGGGGACAAGACGAGUGAUGAUCUCAGAAUAGGGGACAAGACGAGUGAAGAUCUUAAAAUUGGGGACAAGGCGAGUGAUGAUCUUGGAAUUAAGGUGAAGACGAGUGAUGAUCUUGGAAUUGAGGCAAAGACGAGUGAAGAUGUUGGAGAUGAGUGUGAUCAGAAGAAGAAUGAGCCAAUGGUGGAAGAUGCUGAGAUGCGAGCUGCAAAACGGCUAAGGCUAUCUUCCACAGGCGAUAUUGAGGAGAUGGAGAAAUAGUGAUUGUGAAGGGAUCUUUAGAUUGUGAUAUGUAUAACUUGUCAUGGGUCUCUGAUGGUUAGACUUAGAGGAUUUAAUAGCAAAAGUUUAUAUCGUUCUAGGAGACUUUUCUAUAAAAAAAUGAAAAGGAUAGAAAAAUAUCUUUCAUCGUUUUUUUUAUGCGAAAAUUUCGAUUGCA